AGGAGAAAGCAGCUCCGCUUCCACUCCACCUUUUAGUAUCCACUAGUUAGUGUACAGGACAGGAUCUAUUCCAGGAACAUUCAAUCAAUCCCCCACUCGCGGAUAUCGUCAUUUCCCCAGGUCAGGACCGUACGAGAAACAUCGGAUAAUAACUUAAAUACUUCUUCCAUCCGAGGUUAAAGUCAAACGAAGGAAGCUAGGAAUGCGACAGAAGAAAUAGACUUGCGAUAUUUUGAAUUAUACAACGUAUCUUCUUGUAAAAUAGCUACCUGCUUUCUGGGGUACAUCACCUGCUGGUUUUAACUUAGAACAGAAUGACUGGAAAAGAUAACAAUAACUCUCGAGGUCCACCCCCAACAGGUCUACCUGCUGUGGAAAAGCUUCCUGCUGGACUCCAAAAGCUUGUGGACAAAGCAGACAAGGACGAGAGCUUCUAUGAUGAGCUCUACGACGGAUAGUAUGUGUUUAUGCGACCUGUUUUCUGGGCUCUCCCCUCCCAUUUGCCUUUUACACGAGCUCUUCAGCCACAAUGCUUCAUUUCAAUAUACUAAUUCUGUUGGCACAGUGCCCCGCAAACCACCGACAGCAAUAUUCGAUACGCGGCAUAUGCUUCCCGAAUCCGAACAGGUCAGUUAUUUUCCACGGCAGCUAGGAUUAGGUCUUUCGCUCAUACUUCUGGAAAGCCCUAUUAUCCGCGCAACGAUAUGUAGCUUAUACAUCAGAUAUCGGGGAGUCUUUCCGACCGGUAGCUCAUCCGAAUUGGGUUCGAGCAGCUUAUGGUGUUUCAUGGGCCUACCUUAUUGGUGAUGUCACACAUGAGGGAUACAAGGCGUACUGCAGGAAUCAGGAGGUUUUGCACCCGGAGCUUCCGCGUGAAGCAAUGCACGAUCGAUACAAUGAUGCAAAGACGGAUCUUAAGAUAGUCGCCAAUGAUGCGGCGGUGUCACUGAAGCCUCGUCAAGUAGCACCAUUGGAAGAUUAUCGGACAGUGAUGGCACAACGAGCCCUAUUUCAAGGAAUCGCUUCUAUGGGUAGGUGCAUUCUUUGCCACAUUUUGUGCCGAUACAUGAUACGAAGAAAGCUCUAUAAAUGAACCGUCACUAAUGCGACCAGGUCUACCCGCCUUUACCAUUCAUUCAAUCGUGCGGUAUUCCGGUAAAUAUAUGAGAAAUGUCAAAAACGUAAAGAUCAGAACAUGGGGUCCAAUAGGUUUGGGACUAGCAGCUGUACCCGCCUUACCAUUCUUGUUUGACAAGCCUGUCGAGGAAGCAGUCGAAUUUGUGUUCCAUAAAGGCUUUGAGACUUUCGGUGGUAAGUCUGCCGUCGGUAAUGCACCCGUUACUGGUCGGGAACACUUGUUGGAGCGACCCGAGAAAAAGGUGAAGAAGGAAAAGGAAUUAUAAGGAAUAGCUUUCGAUUUGGCGUCUAGGAGAACACUCGGCUCUGCGCAUCGGUAUUGGUCAGGAAAAUAUCACCUCCAAUUUCAAUAUGCAAUGAUUUAUUUUCUUUUUGGAAGUUGCUCAAACAAAUCACACCCAAGGUUGGUCACACGGUUAUAUUUUUGUUUUCGA